AGGAUGGCAACGCGGAAGGAUUCCAAACUAAGCAGCAGGUUGGUGAUCACCUCAGUGGCCCUUCAAGAUCACAUCACCAGGAACCUUCUCGAACCCGAUUUCUUGCUUUCGAACCCGCUGCUGACCUUCAAAAGCAAAGCGCACACAAUUCCCCACGCAAGAGAGAGAAGGAACCGAAGGGAUGCCCCUCAGAGACUCGAAGAAGCGCGAGAAUAUGUGCUCGAUCCCACUCCGCCACCUCUGACGUUAGCUCAGAGGAUGGGCUUGGUGGCCUCGCCCCCGGAGAGGCUGAGCGAGGACGAGUGGACUCUGGUUAAGGCAAGGUCCGUCCAGCAACGGGAAUCCGAGCAGCCUUGCGCAAUAUGCAGGGAGCCCUUCUGCCUUCAGCCUCAGGUGUUGCUGUCCUGCUCGCACGUCUUCCACAGAGCGUGUCUGCAGGCCUUCGAGAGGUUCUCCGGCAGGAAGUGCUGCCCCAUGUGCCGCCGGGAGCCGUACGAAACGCGGGUGAUCCACGACGCCGCGCGCCUCUUCCAAAACCAGUGCGCCGCCAGAAUUCAAGCGUUCUGGCGAGGCUACGUGACCCGGAAGUGGUACGGGAACAUUCGGAGAACCGUCUGCCCAAAAGACAAGCACCUCCGGCGCAAAUUCUUCGAAGCGAAGCUGCAGGAGCUGAGCGACAGCUUUGUGCGACGCUGUCACAUCGACGUCGAGGCUUUUCUCAGCGAUAUCGAUCUCUCGCUGUCAUCGAGCCGCCAAGUGUUCCGGCAGCUGGAGAGCAAAAAACAUGUCCCUGAGCCUCAGGAGGACGACUGGGAGCGCAUACAGAGUCAGGUGACUCAGCGCGGGGCCAGCGACUGCCCCAUCUGCCUGACGGCUCUGCACGGCCCGGGAGCUGCUCCGAGGUCCUCCGGCUUCAAGCUCCAUCAACGAGGGAGACGCUCAGUACUCUUGUCCUGCUCCCACCUCUUCCACCAGGUCUGCCUGGACGCCUUCGAGGCCUUCACCGCGGACCGCAUCCCCGUGUGCCCUCUCUGCAGAUCCACCUAUCACAAGAAGCUAAUCUGAAGCAGGUAGAGAAUAUCUUUUGGGUUAUUGCUGUUAGGGAAAUAAGGAUAGAACACUAAAGGAUACGAUAGAAUAGAUGUCAUUUUAUUAGCCUUGCCUAACUAGGAGGGGGGGGGAAACCCUCAAAUUUGGAAACUGUCUUUGUUAAUUUUUGUGUGUCCUGUCAAGAUUAAUUAACAUACGUGCAGUCAUACACACUAGUGCCAGGCUUAAUAUUUUACAUUUCUCUAGGUAGCAUCCUGGACCCUUAAAAUAAACUUUUGCCAGGAUAUGAUUUCAACAAGGCGGCACGGUGGACAACUGGUUAGAGCGUCUGCCUCACAGUUCUGAGGACUGGGGUUCAAUCCCCGGCCCCGCCUGUGUGGAGUUUGCAUGUUCUCCCCGUGCCUGCGUGGGUUUUCUCCGGGCACUCCGGUUUCCUCCCACAUCCCAAAAACAUGCAUGCUAGGUUAAUUGACAACUUUAAAUUGCCCGUAGGUGUGAAUGUGAGUGUGAAUGGUUGUUUGUUCCUAUGUGCCCUGCGAUUGGCUGGCAACCAGUUCAGGGUGUACCCCGCCUCCUGCCCAAUGCUAGCUCGGAUAGGCUCCAGCACACCCGCGACCCUAGUGAGGAGAAGCGACUCAUAAAAUGGAUGGAUGAUUUCAACAAUUUGGCAAGUUUUUGAGUGUGGCCAAAAGGCGAUGCAGUUGCUGGAAUAACAAUACAGAAAUUGGAUUUACCCUAAAGAGAUAAUUAUUUCCGUAAAUUGAAAUUUUUUUUAAUCCUGUAUCGGUUUGUUAAUAUCAGAGCAUUUUUUUCAAAUCAGAGUAUGAUUACAGACGAACAUUAUCAGCACCUGUAUCUGUGCAUCCCUAGUUCUAAUAUUGUGUGUCAGGUCUGGAGCAAUAUUGUGUCUUUCAGCCUGUAUUUCUAUAGUUUAGUUCUUGUGAAAUAUCAAGCUAUUCCUGUUUUACGUCAGAACACAAAGAUGACAAUCACAGGGAUAUCUUUGAAUUUUUAUUUGCAAACCCACAAACAUAAAAAAUAAACAAAACAGCCGACUGAGAAAUUGUUUUAAAAAAAUACAUUCACAAAACAAGUACCCCCUGGGGAAAACAUAGACACGCAUAAAGACUGAGCUGCAUCACUUUAAAAGUAAAUGCCCACACACCCACACAGCACAGAGAUGAAUAGAAAACCCAAGUAGGGCUGUGAUGUUUUAUUAGAGGUGCGAUGGCCU